AUGCAGAGAGCUCAGGAGCAAGCCGAGCAGCAAGCUGAGAAGCAGCAGCAGCAGCAGCAGCAGGAGGAGGAGCAGCAGCAACAGCAGCAUAGGCAGCAUGAGGUGCUGCAGCAGCAAGCCUUGAUGCAGAGAGCUCGGCAGAAAGCUGAGAAGGAGAAGGAACAAUCGCAGCAGGAGCAGAGUCAAAGGCUGGAGCAUCAGCAGCAGAAUCAGUGGCUGGAGCAGCAGCAACAACAACAACAGCAGCAGCAGCAGCAGCAGCAGCAGAAGCAGCACCAAGCCCUGAUGCAGAGAGCUCGGCAGGAAGCUGAGCAGGAGAAGGAGGAAUUGCAGAAGGAGCAGAGUCAGAGGUUGGGGAUUCAGCAGCAGCUGAUGAAGCAGCAGCUACUGUUUCUGCAGCAGGGUUUUGAGGAGCGAGAAAAGCAGCGGCAGGAGGCGCUUGGGGGACACAUGACGUGCCACGUGGCACGACGUAAGAGGACGUCUCGAAAGGGGGAGCCUGCUGCAGCAGCAGCAUCGGCGGCUAAAGCAGGACUGGCAGGAGGGAAAGGAGGACUGAGAGGAGUAGGUAGAGGUGGGGAGGGAGGAGGAGAAGGGAGGGGAGAGAGAGGGGGAAGGGAAGGAGAGGGGGAGGGGAAGGCAGAAGGGAAGAGGGAAGGGAAGGAGGAGGGGAAAGAUGGGGAGGCAAAGGAGCUCCAGAAAAGCUAUUUGAGAAAGCAACAGGGGGUGCUGGUGGUAGUGCCAAAGCCAGUCCUUUCCAAUCCCUCCCCACUCUUCCCUCGCAACCCGCUUCAUUCUCCCCUUCCAAGCGCAAUGCAACCGUGA